UGUGUGAGGACCGGCGAUCGUGCGUUUGCGAAUCUUCCUGAAUUUGGACCGAAUGUUCUGAAUCCUCGACGCGGGACGCCCCCUGAUCACGACUUUAGUGGACUAAAACAUCAAUGGUGCAGUCUUCGUGUCCGGUUGGAGUCGUCUCGUGCACGUUGAAGCAUCUCGGCCCAGCUUAGCUUAGUUUGCUAGCAAAGAGACGUUUGUGAGCAACACUUCGCUAAGCAGAGAUCAAGCGUGAGAGUGGAACGUGUUGUGAUCGUCCUGUGAAAAUGUGUGCAAGAAGGACAGCCGAGUACGAGGAGGAACUUUGUGGACCAAAAGAGGAGAAGGAGCCACAACGUCAACUACUGGACGAUGUGUUCAAUCUGCAGCCUCGAACUGUGCUAAGCAGAGCAGACAGCACUGAAGAUCUUCGUACUGAGCAGCAGGAGCCAGAGCCCCUUCACAUUAAACAGGAAGUGGAGGACGAAGAGGUCCACCACAUCAAAGAGGAAGAGGAGCCCAUUUUGAUUAAAAAAGAAGAAGCGUGCCCCCACAUCAAACAGGAAGAGGAGGAGGAUAGCACCAAAUUUCCAUCGACUGGUGUUCCCUUGAAGAGGGAAGAUGAAGGUCAAAGUGAGGAGAGCAGAGGGGCGGAGCCUCCAAGCAGCAGCUCAAGUCAACACAUGAGAACAGAAGGUGAUGGAGACCACUGUGGAGGAUCACAAGCAGCCGGACUCUUAGUUCCACAAUUAGAUUGUGACAACAUGUCGUUGCACUCUACUCACACUGAUAAAGAUGAGGAGGAUGAUGAACAGUUGGAAGGUGAUAUGACAUGUCAGACUGACAACAAACAAUGGAAAUGUUCUCAGUGUGGGAAAACAUUCGCUUAUAAGAGCAUUUUGAAAGAACACGUGAGAACACACACGGGAGAAAGACCUUUUUCCUGCUCAAUUUGUGGUCAAAGAUUCACUGUGAAGAGAAGCUUAAAAAUACACACAAGAACCCACACUGGUGAGAAACCUUUUUCCUGCUCCGUUUGUGGUCAAAGAUUCUCUGAGAAGGGAAGCUUAAUUAAACACUCGAGAACCCACACUGGUGAGAAACCUUUUUCCUGCACAGUUUGCAGUCAAAGAUUCUCUGUGAAGGAAAGCUUAAAAAUACACACAAGAACACACACUGGUGAGAAGCCUUUUUCCUGCACAGUUUGUGGUCAAAGAUUCACUCAGAAGGUACACUUAAAUAAACACACAAGAACCCACACUGGUGAGAAACCUUUUUCCUGCUCAGUUUGUGGUCAAAGAUUCUCUGUGAGGGGAAGCUUAAAAAUACACACAAGAACACACACCGGUGAGAAACCCUUUUCCUGCUCAGUUUGUGGUCAAAGAUUCUCUUUGAAGGGAAGCUUAAAACUGCACACAACAACACACACUGGUGAGAAACCCUUUUGCUGCUCAGUUUGUGGUCAAAGAUUCAUUCGGAAGGGAAAGUUAACACAACACACAAGAACCCACACUGGUGAGAAACCCUUUUCGUGCUCAGUCUGUGGUCAAAGAUUCACCAGGAAGGGAACGUUAACACGACACACAAGAACCCACACUGGUGAGAAACCUUUUUCCUGCUCAGAUUGUGGCCAAAGAUUCUCUAUGAAGGAACACUUAAAAAUACACACAAGAACCCACACUGGGGAGAAACCUUUUUCCUGCUCAGAUUGUGGCCAAAGAUUCUCUAUGAAGGAACAUUUAAAAAUACACACAAGAACCCAUACUGGUGAGAAACCUUUUUCCUGCUCAGUUUGUGUUCAAAGAUUCUCUUAUAAGUAUCAGGCUAAGGCACACAAGUGUGCUCGUGAAACUAGCAAGUGAUCAAGAAGCUUUUAAUGUAAAUGUUUAAAAAAGUACUGUUACUGACUUACAAAAAUCCACAUUCUUGUAUUCUGUGUACCAGCUUUUAUUGUAUCUUCUUCUUGUCCAUAUAUUUUCUUAAAGCCUCACGCAGGCAAGUGUUGCGAAUUGGAUCAGAAUCAUCUUUAUUUGCCAAGUAUGUCCAAAAAACACACAACGAAUUUGUCUCCGGGAGUUGGAGCCGCUCUCGUAUGACAACGGACAGUCAAUUGACAGAGAACACUUUUGAGACAUAAAGGAAUUGACAAAAACAGUCACUGAGCAAUAAAGGGUUGCUAGUUAACUGGUAAUGCCGGUACAAAUUAUUAUUAUUUUUUUUUAACAAUUGUGCAAAAAGAUGCAGAGUCCUCUACCACUUAGAGCAGUUCGAAUGACUGAUCUCGCAAUAGUCCGGUGCAAUGACCAUUGUGCAAAGGGCGCCGAGACUUCAAGGAGUGUAUGCGGUUUAAAGUGACGAGCAGUGCGACUGUUUAGCUUAGUUUGUAUCAUUUUAAUGAUGACAUCCUAUUCAAUUUGCAAUUUUUCAGCACAUUACAGCAAGCAGUUUUUAAUUUAUUUUUUUAAUUUUGUGAAAAGUUGUCAUUUUGAAGGUGAGGGGAUUCCACCUGACCGCUACGAUAUAUAAAAUAUGACUAAUUACUGCCACUUUAUAGUGUAGUACAUAUAUGUCAAACUCAGGCCUGGGGGCCAAAUUUGCCCCACGAUGUAAGUAUGUUUGGCCCGCAAGACCAUCUCAAAUGUGUAUUAGAGCUGGCCCGCCAGUAUAUAGCUCAUGCGCCACUAAUAUUAAAAAUCCUAGAAUGCUUUGCUCGUGUGUUGGCACAUCAGUCUUGACCAGCCAGCGUCCCUUGCCUUUCUCUUGCAGUCGUUAGCAUUUAUGCUACCAGUCUCCUCGAGCAAAUUUACACUUCCCCUUCCCAAAUCUGCCUUGAGAGGCAGAUUAUCUGUUCACUAAAGUAAAAGACAGAGCUAUUUGUCGUGUGCGGAUCAACGUGGCUGUAGCAAAGAAUAUAAUUGAAUUAAUGUUUUUUUUUAGACUCUAAAUUGCCCGUAGGUGUGCAUGUGAGUGCGAAUGGUUGUCUGUUUGUAUGUGCCCUGCGAUUGGCUGGCAACCAGUUCAGGGUGUAUCCCGCCUCCUGCCCGAUGACAGCUGGGAUAGGCUCCAGCACGCCUGCGACCCUAGUGAGGAUAAGCGGCUCAGAAAAUGGAUGGAUGGAUGGAUGGAUGUUUUGUUGUUGGCCUUUGAAAAAACAAAGGUAGUUGCAGAUAGAUAAAUAGAAGACAGAGAGACAGAAUAAUUCACGUUAUCUAUUUAAAUACAAAACAACAAACAAAUACCACUGAUGUCUUUUAUCGCAAAUUAGAUUUUUCUUAUUUAUAAUAUUAACGUUUGUUUAUUCCAGAUUCAGUGUUUAAGCAAAAUUUAAGUUUGUUGUCAUAUGAUAAACUUUAACGCUACAUUUCUGCAGAAAAGGGAAACAUGCACAUCGCAUAGAUUUUUUUUUCAUUAAAUAUUGAGUUUGGCCCGUGACGUUGUCCCAAUUUUUAAUUUUGGCCCCCCGUGAAUUUGAGUUUGACACCCCUGGACUGAAGUACAUUAAUUUUCCCACACCAGCUAUGCUAGUGCUUUUCAAGUUUCGAUGGCGAUGAAAAAGGGCCGUUUGAAUGGGAAUUAAUGCUUUCCCAAUUGCUCGAAAACAUAUUUGAACUGACUGCCAGUUUAAUUUUCUUGAGCAAAAAAAAUAGAACUUGUUUGUGAAAUAUGGACCAUUAAGACCCAUACUUCCUUUAAGCAAUGCAUGAGUUUUGUCCAAUGUUUUAGACUGGAAAGAAAUUUCGACUUUUGGUGGAAACUGUAAAGUGUAUUUGUGAUCCCUAAUAAAAUACACUCCUUUAAACAGUGAGGGUGUCUCAAUUUGCUUGUCUAUCAAAUCCAUUUUCCCAAUUGAAAAUAAUUGAAAUGUCUUAUAUCCAUUGCAAGCCCUCCAAAAACAAAAUGCUCUCAACUUCAAGCAAAAAAUGGCCCAAGCGUCAAGGCCUAGGUGGAAAAAAACUGCAAAAUAGGGCACUGUGGAGGAUCACAAGCAGACAGCCUCUUAGUUCCACAAUCAGAUAGUGACGACGUGACGUCACAUUAUCCUGACACUGAUGAUGAUGAUGAUAAAAUGCCUGAAGGUGAUAUGACAUGUCACUCUGACAACAAACAAUGGAAAUGUUCUCAGUGUCGCAAAACCUUUGCUUGUAAAUGCAAAUGACACACAAGACGAACUGGAGAUAAAACCUUUGCCUGUUUAGAUUGUGGUUAAAGAUUCACUCAGAAGGGUAAUUUAAAAAUACAAGAGCCCACUUUGGUGAUAAACCUUUUGUAUGUUCAGAUUGUGGUUAAAAAAAAAAAAAAUCUCCAUUUAGUAUUGGGCUAAUAAACAAGUGUGCUGGUGAGAAUCUCAGUGAUCAAGAAGCUUUGAUUGAAAAUGUAAAUGUUUAAUAUAAAAAGUAAUGACUAUCACACAGAUUGACAAAAAUGUGUUUAUUUUACCUACCACGUUUAUCUUCGUGUUGUCUUUGUCUUUUCUCAAAUGUUCAGAAUUAGCACUGGUGCCAAGUAAUGCAUGCCUUGUUUUCCAAUAAUUUAGUAAUGUCCAUAUCAAACGAAUGAUUGACUGAACUAGACUGUAAAGAAGCAUUGACUUUUUGUGGUAAACUGUAAAGUGUACAGUAUAUGUGAUCCAAAAUAAA